GAUAUCUCGCUGUUAUAACCAACGAUACAUGAUACCAAAAUGAGUCGUACUUAUAAUGAUGAAUUACAGUAUUUGGAUAAAAUCCAUAAAAACUGCUGGCGAAUCAAGAAAGGUUUUGUCCCUAAUAUGCAGGUGGAAGGGGUGUUUUACGUCAACGAUCCACUUGAAAAGUUAAUGUUUGAAGAGUUAAGGAAUGCAUGUCGCGGAGGAGGUUUUGGUGGUUUUCUGCCGGCUAUGAAACAAAUUGGGAAUGUUGCAGCCUUGCCUGGAAUAGUCCAUAGAUCCAUAGGUCUACCUGAUGUUCACUCUGGGUAUGGAUUUGCCAUUGGAAACAUGGCUGCUUUUGACAUGAGUGACCCUACAGCUGUUGUCUCCCCAGGUGGUGUGGGAUUUGACAUCAACUGUGGUGUGCGGCUGCUGAGAACAAACCUGGAUGAGAGUGAUGUGCAGCCAGUGAAGGAGCAGCUGGCUCAGUCCCUGUUUGAUCAUAUACCUGUAGGAGUGGGCUCAAAGGGAGUCAUUCCCAUGAGUGCCAAGGACUUGGAAGAGGCUCUUGAGAUGGGUGUGGACUGGUCCCUGCGAGAGGGCUAUGCCUGGGCUGAGGAUAAAGAGCACUGUGAGGAAUAUGGCAGGAUGCUGCAGGCAGACCCCAACAAAGUUUCCUCCAAGGCCAAGAAGAGAGGUUUACCACAGCUUGGGACUUUGGGAGCAGGGAACCAUUAUGCUGAGAUCCAGGUGGUUGAUGAGAUUUACAAUGACUAUGCUGCAAAGAAGAUGGGCAUCGAUCACAAGGGCCAAGUGUGUGUGAUGAUCCACAGUGGCAGUCGGGGCCUGGGACAUCAGGUAGCCACAGAUGCCUUGGUUGCCAUGGAAAAGGCAAUGAAGCGAGAUAACAUCAUAGUGAACGACCGUCAGCUAGCCUGUGCCCGCAUCACCUCCCCAGAGGGCCAGGACUACCUGAAAGGCAUGGCUGCUGCCGGCAACUAUGCCUGGGUUAACCGCUCCUCCAUGACCUUCCUCACCAGACAGGCCUUCUCUAAAGUGUUUACGACUACACCCGACGAUUUGGACAUGCAUGUCAUCUAUGACGUGUCCCAUAAUAUUGCCAAGGUGGAGGAGCACAUGGUGGAUGACAAACAGAGGACCCUGCUGGUGCACCGUAAAGGCUCCACCCGUGCCUUCCCACCCCACCAUCCCCUAAUUCCAGUGGACUACCAGCUGACAGGCCAGCCUGUCUUGAUUGGUGGCACAAUGGGUACCUGCAGCUAUGUCCUCACAGGCACGGAACAGGGCAUGACGGAGACCUUUGGUACCACCUGUCAUGGCGCGGGUCGUGCAUUAUCCCGAGCCAAAUCCCGCAGAAAUCUGGACUUCCAGGAUGUGUUGGACAAGCUGGCAGACAUGGGUAUUGCCAUCAGGGUGGCCUCACCCAAACUCGUCAUGGAAGAGGCACCUGAAUCGUACAAAAACGUAACUGAUGUCGUCAACACAUGCCAUGAUGCUGGCAUCAGCAAGAAGGCCAUCAAACUGAGACCAAUUGCAGUCAUUAAGGGUUAAAGACCUGACGUGUUGUGACUGAGACGAACGGGCACCUAAGCCAGGAUGACCUCCAGAAGCCCAAAGGAAACGAAAGCUCGGCUGACCUUUGUUAAGGAAAUGGCUGCGUAGAGGGAUGUCUUACACUACCAAAUAUACAUGGCCAAAUGUUGCCCCCUCCUGAAAACAGCUCAUUGUGCUCGACAAUGUUUACAAAUUUCUAAACACGGGAGAGCUAUUAAUUACGUUCUGCUCAUGACGGUUGAGUGGCUAUUUUUUUUUUUUUUUUGAGCGUUAAGAAAGGAAAGCAAAAACUCCUUUGUGUUUGUGUGGUUAUUUCACAGCUUACCACUGCUGCUCACUGAUCCAAUGAGAAAUGUGCAGAAUUAAAAGACUGAUUAGUAUACACUUUAUUGGUUGUGACAAAAGAUUGACAAGGAUGUGAAAGUGUAUCUCAACAUAUCAAAAAUAAGUCAAAUACUAACAAUAAUACUAACAAUCCAGAGUGAAAGAGGUCUAUUCUUUAAUGUCUUUUUUUUUUGGCGUAAAUACAGAUCUUUCAGAGCAGGUGUGAUAUGCCACUAAGAACUGUCAAGCUUAAAGGAUGGCUGCUUGAAGAAGAGAUAACAUACAUUUUGUGUUCAGCAAAAAUAUUUGAUAAGUACUACUGACUCUGAUUUAAACUUUUAUUGUGGACGGGUGGGGGCGGAGCAAGGGCGGGGCUGGAGGAGUCAUGUACUUAGCCUGAGGAAGUCUGUGAGAAACUAAUAAAACAAACCGGCCC